AGCACGGCUGGUCCCUGGGGCCCUUCCCCCGCCUUGUUCCCAGGGCGCCGCUGACCUUUGAGCCGGUUCAGAUUCCGGCUCCCGCACGUGCACACUCGCCUCGCUUCUGGACCAGCCAGAUCGCGGCGGCCUCCCUGGUGGUCUGGUCGGUGAGUUCGGGCGAGCGCGCGGCAAUGCUGCGGCUCCUGGCGUCCGGCUGCGCCCGGGACCCGAGGCCUGGCGUGUUCGCGCGUCCUGCCGCGGGACUCUGCCACCCAGGACAUCGCCAGAUCCGCCAGGCUUCCGACACGCCGCGGAACCAGCCCCCGAGCUCCGAGUUCGUGGCCCGGCCGGUGGGCGUCUGCUCUAUGAUGCGCCUGCCGGUGCAGACCUACCCCGAGGGGCUGGACGCUGCCUUCAUCGGGGUGCCCCUGGAUACUGGGACCUCAAACCGGCCCGGGGCGAGAUUUGGACCUCGCCGCAUCCGGGAAGAAUCAGUGAUGCUUCGGAUGGUCAAUCCUAGCACGGGGGCCCUCCCCUUCCAGUCCCUCAUGGUUGCAGACCUAGGCGAUGUGAAUGUCAAUCUUUACAACCUUCAGGACAGCUGCCGGCGAAUUCAAGAGGCCUAUGAGAAAAUUGUAGCAGCUGGCUGUAUUCCCCUGACCUUGGGUGGAGAUCACACAAUCACAUAUCCCAUAUUGCAAGCAAUGGCAAAAAAGCAUGGCCCUGUGGGGCUGCUGCAUGUGGACGCACACACGGACACGGCCGACAAGGCCCUAGGAGAGAAGCUCUACCACGGGACGCCCUUCCGCCGCUGUGUGGAGGAGGGUCUCCUGGACUGUAAGCGGGUGGUGCAGAUUGGCAUCCGGGGCUCUUCCAUGACCUUGGAUCCCUACAGAUACAACCGGAGCCAGGGCUUCCGGGUGGUCCUGGCUGAAGACUGCUGGAUGAAGUCGCUGGUUCCUCUGAUGGGGGAAGUCAGGCAGCAGAUGGGAGGCAAACCCAUUUAUAUCAGCUUUGAUAUUGAUGCCCUGGAUCCUGCCUAUGCCCCAGGGACAGGGACACCUGAAAUUGCUGGUCUCACCCCUAGUCAGGCUCUGGAGAUCAUCCGGGGUUGUCAAGGCCUGAAUGUGGUGGGCUGUGACCUUGUAGAAGUUUCACCACCAUAUGAUCUUUCUGGGAACACGGCCCUGCUGGCGGCUAACCUGCUGUUUGAGAUGCUGUGUGCUCUCCCCAAAGUGACAACCGUCUGAGUCUCGUGCUCUUCAAGACGAAACAGAUUGCAUCGUCGACAAGUUCUCAAGAACUUAUGAGUAAGCAGUCUGAGAACUAACGAGUUUAUGCCAAGAAAA